AUGGGGGGCAACAAAGACGAGGAUAAUGAUCCCACACCCGGGUAUGUUUACAAGUUUCCGCAGCCCACAGACUUUCCGAAGGUGCAGGAAAUGGCGAUUAAGGAUUGCAGUCUGCUACUGGCGACUUCCAGCCUGUUUCGAAGGGAACUGUUCGCAAGAGCCGCCAUUCCCUUCGGGGCUUUUUCGGCCCCGUUCGAUGAGGACGACGUUCAAGAAUGGCUGGAGGUAAAGCACCCUCAACUGGGUGUAGAUUCCCGCACAUUACUCAUAGCUCAUAUGAAGGCCGACGCGGCUGUGCAUGCGCUUCGAGUGCCGGACACGCAGCAUCUGCAGCAGCUGCGGCUGCAGAACCAAAUGCUGAACAUCCCAGCGGCGGAGCGGCUGCCUCUGUUGCAAAGAGCAGAAGCCGUGGCGCGGAGAAACGGACGAGCCGCCGCAGCGGUCGCACAGCUGGCGUCUUUUUCGAAGUCUUGUAUGGCAGUGGAGGCAGCGGACGGCCGGGCGCCUGUGCUGGUGGCGGUGGAUACAGGUAUAGAGUUCGGCGGACGCGUGCGGUUCAAGCCUAAGGACAAGGAAGAAGCUGCACGCUUUCUGAAGAGCUACUCUGACUCAGAUGAGCCCAUAGUUGUAACUACAAGCUUUGUUCUAGUGGAUCUCGUCAGCGAACUGGAACGCCCUCCGUGGAACCCCAACGCACCUGUUCCAGCGAAGCAACAAUUUCCCCACAAAUGCAAAGCUUGCAACCGAUUUCAGCGUUCGCAGCCCACAGACGAUCCAAACCCAUGCACAUGUCCUUUGACCGUUGUUCAUGCAGCAGACAUCUUGCUAGAUCCAGGGGGUCCUUCAGGCUAUCAUUUUCAUACCCGCGAGAUGCUAAGCGUUAAGUCUGAGGUUAAGUUCAACAAAAUGAAUGACGAAGUCCGGCAACGCAUCCUAGAUGAAGGCGAAGUAAUGUACUCGGCAGGAGCUGUUCUAGUUGAAAGGGGUGAAAUGGCCAAAUAUCUCAAAUCCAUCUCGGGAUGCCCCCACAACGUCAUUGGCGUGCCCUUAUCUCGAGUGGAAAGUUACCUCUCUCUGCUCAUUGGAAGAAUGGAGAACCGCUAA